UCUUAGAAUCUCAAGACAUGUAUUUCCUUGGACUGUUGUCUUUGCUUGUUUUGCAAAGCAAAGCCUUCAAGACAAAUUUUCCUGAUGAAACCAUUGCUGAGCUUUCUGUGAAUGUUUACAACCAGCUGCGAGCUGCAAGAGAAGAUGAGAAUAUUCUUUUCUCUCCUCUGAGCAUUGCAAUAGCCAUGGGAAUGGUAGAGCUUGGAGCCCAUGGAACCACUUUGAAAGAAAUUCGACAUUCCUUGGGUUUUGACAGCUUAAAAAAUGGUGAAGAGUUUAUCUUCUUGAAGGAGCUUUCUGAUAUGGCAGCUACUGAAGAAAGUCAUUAUGUUCUGAAUAUUGCUAAUUCUCUCUAUGUGCAGAAUGGAUUUCAUAUCAGUGACAAAUUUCUGCAGUUGGUGAAAAAAUACUUUAAAGCUGAAGUCGAGAAUAUAGACUUCAGCCAAAGUGCAGCUGUAGCUACCCACAUCAAUAAGUGGGUGGAGAAUCAUACAAACAAUAUGAUCAAAGAUUUUGUGUCUUCAAGAGAUUUUGGUGCUCUGACACAUUUGGCUCUGGUCAAUGCAAUCUACUUUAAAGGCAGUUGGAAAUCACAGUUCAGACCUGAAAAUACAAGAACCUUUUCUUUCACUAAAGAUGAUGAAAGUGAAGUGCAGAUUCCAAUGAUGUACCAACAGGGAGAGUUUUACUAUGGAGAGUUCAGUGAUGGCUCCAAUGAAGCAGGUGGUAUCUAUCAAGUUCUGGAAAUACCAUAUGAGGGAGAUGAGUUUAGUAUGAUGAUUGUUCUUUCCAGACAGGAAGUUCCACUGGUCACAUUGGAACCACUGGUCAAAGCCUCGUUGAUUAAUGAAUGGGCUAAUUCUGUAAAGAAGCAAAAAGUGGAAGUGUAUUUACCAAGGUUCACAGUAGAACAGGAAAUUGAUCUGAAAGAUGUCUGGAGAGGUCUGGGAAUUACAGAGCUGUUCAGCAGUAGUGCUGACCUCACUGCGAUGUCUGAUAACAAAGAACUUUACCUUGCAAAGGCAUUUCACAAGGCAUUUCUAGAAGUUAAUGAGGAAGGAUCAGAAGCUGCUGCUGCCUCAGGAAUGAUUGCCAUUAGCAGAAUGGCAGUGCUGUAUCCCCAAGUUAUAGUUGACCAUCCCUUCUUCUUUUUGGUCAGAAACAGAAGAACAGGUACUGUGUUAUUCAUGGGAAGGGUAAUGCACCCUGAAGCAAUGAAUGCAAGCGGCCAUGACUUUGAAGAGCUUUAACUGUGGCCAGCUACCAAAAAGAGGAGAUAAGCACAUAAAGUUUGAAGUUAAUAUAUUUAAGGUUUGCUGUGUUUUCCCCCAAGAUAUUGUUUAAAAUGCUUUCAGAUCUAACUGUGUGCAAGUCAGUUUACAGAGGAAAGCUUACAGUAUUAAAAUAAUGGUUCUGUUUCUGUCUUUGUGAUUGCUGUGUCCUUAAAAUAAAAUUGUGUACAUGUCAACAA